AUGGCGACCCCGUCCCCGCUCAAGUCCGUGACGGCGCACUCGUGGGAGACUGAACCCGAGGGUGCGCUGGAGGGGAUUGUGCUCGAGGACGAUGCGAUCUUCGACCCCGUGAAGGCCGUUAAGGGCAAGAUUUCGAAGCUCGUGCCGGAGGAAGGACACAAGCCCACGCACUGCCUUGCGCGCCUGCGCUUCCACCCCAACACGGAGAAGCAGCUCAACAACAUGAUCAAUGUGGAGUACGCCAUGUCCUACACCUUCCACAGCAUGAGCAACUACUAUGCUCGUGACUGCGUGGGUCUUCCAGGUCUUGCAACACUUUUCAUGAAGCGCAGCGAUGAGACCAGGAAGAACGCUAUCGAACUCGGCGCCUAUGUCUCCAAGCGUGGGGGGUGUGUGGUGUUGAAGCCCAUUGCUGCGCCUGAGGGCGAGUAUGGUGAUCCUCAGAAGGGAGAUGCUCUCAGUGGCAUGGAGCUGACCCUGGCUAUGGAGAAGGCAGAGACUGAUAAGUUCCUUUCGCUGAACAAGGCUGCGGAAGAUGUGGUGGAUGAGCAGCUUUCAGACUUUCUCACCGACAAUUUCAUUGACAAGCAGGUGGAACUUCUCAAGCUCCAUGCCAUCUAUGUGUCGCAGCUGCGCCGCGUGCGCACUGGCCAUGGCCAGUGGCACUGGGACAAGACGCUCGCAGAGGAGCUUGGGACCAAAGCCAUCUCCGCGGGGCCGGCAAUGUUCGAGGCGGAGGUGGCGGGGCUGCGGGCGAUGGUGGAGGCGGGGGCCAUCCGCGUGCCGCGCCCCUUCACUGCAGGCGCCAUGCCGCGCCGCGGGUCGUAUGUCGUCAUGGAGUUCAUUGAAUUCGGCCAGCUCAAAACGCAGGCGGAGUUAGGGCGGCAACUAGCCCUCAUGCACCUGCAGGGGAUGUCGCCUAAUGGACAGUUUGGAUUUCAUUGCGAUAACACCAUUGGCAGCACGCCCCAGCCCAACAAGUGGGAGAGUGACUGGGUGACGUUCUUCAAAGAGCAUCGCCUGGGUCACCAGCUGAAGCUGAUCCGCAAGCAGUUUGCAGAUAAUGCCCUCGUCGCCAGUGGGGAGAAACUGCUGGAGAAGCUUCCUGAGUUGCUUGGUGGUGUGGAGGUGAAGCCAAGCCUCUUGCAUGGGGACCUGUGGAGCGGAAACAUUGCUGCAGAUAAGGAAGGCAAUCCAGUCAUCCUCGACCCUGCUACAUACUAUGGCCACAGUGAAGCUGAAUUCGGAAUGUCGUGGUGUGCCAGUUUUGGCGGUUCGUUCUGGUCAGCGUAUUUUGAGGUUCUUCCUAAGCAACCUGGCUUUGAAGAAAGAGUGGAAAUUUACAAGCUGUACCACUACCUCAAUCAUUAUAACCUCUUUGGAUCAUCAUAUCGUUCGUCCUGCAUGUCUAUCAUCAAUCGGUUUGUCUGA